AUAUCGUUUUGUAGAAAAGCACAAUCGUUCCCUCUGUCUCUCUCUUCUAAAGUAAGGAGGUGUGAUUAUCUUUACUACUGCGGAAAAUGUCUCCCUCCUCUUACGGAUCCAGUCCAGCCUCACCCUGUGUAGGAGGAAGUGACCCCUCCCAACUGCAUUCUUCUCCUGAGUCAGAGACUUUCAGUUUCAUUUCUCUGCUGUCAGCGAUGGCGUCUGCAGACCUGAGAGCUGAGCUGGAAUGUUCCAUCUGUCUGAACAUUUAUACAGAUCCUAUAAUGCUGAGAUGUGGUCACAACUUCUGCCGGGUCUGUAUUGAUCGUGUGCUGGAUACACAGGAGGGGUCUGGAGGAUAUUCCUGUCCUGAAUGCAGAGAGAAGUCUCAGGAUCGUCCUGCACUGCAGAGGAACAUAACACUACGUAACAUAGUGGAGAAUUUCCUGUCUUCUCAGUCAGAUCAGGGGGAGUCCGGGGUCUUCUGUACUCACUGUGUGGACUCUCCUGUACCUGCUGUUAGAUCCUGUCUGCUCUGUGAGGUUUCUCUGUGUGAUAAACACCUGAGAGUCCACAAAAAGACCCCAGAACACAUCUUAUGUGACCCCACCUUUUCCAUGGAGAGCAGGAAAUGCUCCGUCCAUAAGAAGAUCCUGGAGUAUUACUGCACUGAGGAUUAUACCUGUAUCUGUGUGUCCUGUAGUUUGGCCGGAGAACAUCGAGGACACCAAGUGGAGAUGCUGAAUGAGGCUUCUGGGAAGAAGAAGGAGACACUGAGGAAUGUUCUGCAGAAACUUCUGACAAAGAUAGAGGAGACAGAUGAAAGAGUCCAGAGUCUGCAGGAACACAGGAGGAAAGUAGAAGAAGAAGCAGCUGGUGACACCGAGAGAGUCACUGUCCUGUUUAGAGAUCUCAGGAGAUGUCUGGAAGAUCUGGAGAAGAGAGUCCUGAGGGAAAUCUCCGGGAGGGCGGAGCGGAUCUCCAGCUCCAUCCGGGAUCUGGAAAUAAAGAAGGAGGAGCUGUCCAGGAAGUUGCGUCACAUUGAGGAGCUGUGUAACAUGACGGAUCCACUGACUGUCUUACAGGAAUCAGACACAGGUGACUUGUGUGAUACUGAGGAUGGAGAUAAUGAGGACAGAGAGAGACAUGAGAAACUCCUCCAUGAUGGAGGGGGUCUGGAUGUGGCGGGGGUCUUACACACAGGUUUAUCUUAUAUAAUAACAGAGGUAAAUGUAUACUUAUAUAUACAGAACCCGGCAGACAUAUUACUGGAUGUAAACACAGCUCAUAAUUAUCUCCAUAUAUCAGAUGACAGGAAAACUGUAUCCAGGUCAGAUAUAAACCAGAAUCGUCCCAAAACACCAGAGAGAUUUCUGGGUUGUGCUCAGGUGUUCAGCAGUCAGAGUUUCUCCUCAGGGAGACAUUACUGGGAAGUGGAUGUCGGGGUAUCUGAUAGAUGGACAGUUGGGAUGUGUUACCCCAGUAUAGACAGGAGAGGAGUGCCAUCACUGAUUGGAUGUAAUAACAAGUCCUGGGGUUUAUAUAGUCAUGAUAAUCAGUAUUCAGCCAUACAUGAUAGUAAUAAGAUCCGCUUACCCGCCAAUAUCUCCAGUAACAGAGUCAGGAUAUAUCUGGAUUAUGAGGCCGGGCGGAUCUCCUUUUAUGAUCUGUGUGACCCGAUCCGACACCUCCACACCUUCACCACCACCUUCUCUGAGCCCAUUUAUGCUGGGUUAUAUGUAUAUAAAGGUUGUAUAAAGAUCUGUGGGGGGGACUUGAGAACUCUGGCCAGAAACAAGUGAUUUCACAGGGAGAAAGGCUGCAAUAGGUGGAAUACUCAGCCAAUAAGGUGAGGCAGUGAGAAGGGCUUCAUAUAGUUUUUUAUUGUGUGAAGAAAUACAAAUGAAUAAUAGAUCUACAAAUAGAUAGAAAGAGAUGUAUAAAAUCUCAGAGGAAACAAAUGAAGAAAUGAUCCCGAGAUGUAUUACUAGUGAAAGAAAAAAAUGGGAUUUAUCACUAAUAUAAUGAUAUUACUAUAAAAAUGCAUGAUUUCUAGAACUGGAAUGUGUCCCCAAUAUAAUGUGUCCCCGUAGAAUAGAUCACCAAUAGAAUUCUAUUGGAUCACUUUUAUAAUGGAUCCUAAUAUAAUGUAUCAUUGGGAUGUUGUAUCUUAUAAUCACUUUGCCCAGAUGAUUGA